AUGGUCGCCCACGCAGCCGCACCGCUGCUUUCUCCGCCAUGGGAGGCGGCCAGGCCCGUCGGUUUCGGGCUGGGUCUUGUUUUAGGUGGUGUCUUCAGUGACAGCGUUGGAUGGAGGUGGGGUUUCCAUGCCACGUCUAUCCUCAACAUCGUCGUCCUGGCCAUCGCGCUGUGGUCGCUGCCAGCCGGCGUCGACGACGAUGCACCCCUGGGCCGGGCCACCCUCACCCGUCUGCAGAAAGAACUGGACUGGGUCGGCGCGUUGGUCAUCAGCACAAGCCUGGCUUUCCUGUCCUACGUACUAUUAGCUGUCGUAGCGGACUCUGAUGCAAGCGUUCAUAUGCGAGCGCCCCUGGACAUCGUGUUCCUCGUCUCUGUAUUUCCCUCCAGCACCAUUGCACUCUUACUCCCUUACUUGAAAACCUCCUAUGCUGUGCCUGUGGCCUGUUUUGUCAGUGGCCUCGCGCCGCUCCUACUGGCAGCGUUAUGCCGGGUUAACGGCCCCAGCUACUGGCAGGCUGCCUUCCAGGCCAUGGCUCUCAACCCGCUGGGCGCGGACCUGAUGUAUACUAUUGCCAUGCUGGUUACUACCGAGGCAUUCCCCCCGAAGACGCAGGCGUUGUGGUGGUGUCUUCAACAUGGUCUCUCAGAUCGGCAAGAAUGUUGGUAUCGCAACAACGGCUAUCAUAGCACAACAGGUGUCUUCACCGCUCAUGGUAAGCUCCGAUUCAAAAGAAGCAUUGCUUCGAGGGUAUCAAGCUGGCUGGUGGUAUAA